CGACGCAUCAAAAAAAAAACGCCGUGUUUUCGCUAGGUAAUUUUGUUACUGGUAGCUGGUGAUAAAAAUUCAGAGUGCUUGCAACGGUAAACAAUUUUGCGGACUCCGCCUCCGUACUAAAUGCCAAAUUAAUGGCACUUCGGAGCAUUGAAAAUUAGUAAUUAAAUCGGGAAAAAUAGCGUCUGGUGCAAGCCGAGACGAGACGGACGAGAGUGUGUAUGUGAAACGAAAGUUGUGCGAGAAGAAGAUUGGACGAAGCGGAGAGAAAAUUUUUUUGCAAAGCCAGCGCUGUCGAAGGUGAAAUGAAAAGCCAGUAUCCCAGCCAGGGCAAAUGAAAACUCUGCCCAGAAACAGCACCGUGGAGCUGUAGAAUAUUAGUGAGACGAAAACGAAACAGUCAGCGAAAGCGAGAAUAAGUAACAAUUUUGUGAAAAUCGUACAGCUAAUUGGCGUUCGGCCGUUUGGCGUCUCAAGUGUGUGUUUGUGCGCGCGCUUGUGUCUGUGAGCUGGUUGUGCAUUGGAAUGGUUUGAAGGAGUGGACCACACGACACACAGAACAUAUAUAUCGGCAUAGCAAUAGCAUAAUGCUAUUGGAGGGCGCCUAAAAUCGUCCACUCUAUAAUUAGUCGUCCGCCCACAUCCCAACCACACCCCGUUCGUCGCCGCUAAAGGCAAUUGCGCCAUGGAUCUGGACCUGGAGCAUCUGAAGAACGAUUUCCUGCCUUUGAUCGCGGGCAUCAAGCAGGAGCAGCUGGACGCAGUGCCCACGGAUGUCCUGCCGCAGAUAGGCCUGAACAAUAUGGGCGCCACAGCGACGGCCAGCAGCGGAGGAGGAGGAGGAGGAGCACCCACUACAUCCACGUCCUCCUCGAGCACCUCCUCCGUGAGCAAUCCCUGCGACAGUGCCGAGAAGCGGUCGGAAUCCAACUCCUCGGCAUCCGCCAAGUUCACACUGUUCAAGUGCGUCUACUGCGCCCAGCUACUCGGCUCCAACGAUCGGCCCAAGCUACUGGAGUGCCUCCACGUGGCCUGCGCCCAGUGCGUCAGCACCAAGUUCUCCGAGCUGGACCGCUCCAUGCCGCCGCUCAUCCACUGUCCGGUGUGCGACAACGCCUCCCAGAACGAGUUCAUCGUCGAUAAUCAGUUCUUGAUCGAACAGUGCACCACCGAGGGCGAUGGCGCCGGAGGAGGGGCCACUGGCGAGGGCCUGAAGAGCGCCGCCGCCGCCACCAUCCAGUGCAGCAGCUGCUCCGACGGAGCAGUGGCCACCUCGUGGUGUGUCGACUGCUCGGAGUACAUCUGCGACAGCUGCGUGCAGGCACAUCAGCGGCUAAAGAUCACCAAAGACCACACCAUCAAGCCGAAGGACGAGGCCAACAACGAGCAGCUGGCCGGAGCCGCCGGCGUGGACAAGCUGCACAUGUGCCAGCUGCAUCCGCAGGAGAAGCUAUCGCUCUUCUGCGAGACCUGCGACAAGCUCACCUGUCGCGACUGCCAGCUCAGCGAUCACCGGGACCACAAGUACAAGUUCGCCCACGAGAUCGCCACAGAGUCGCGUCAGGCGCUGUCCACUUUGGUCUCCGAGAUAAACUACAAGCGCUUCCUGCUCUCCUCGGCCACCAAGGUGAUCGACGACCGCCAGCAGCUCAUCCACGACAAGAAGAAGGACCUCAUCAAGGAGAUCACAGCCAUGGCGGUGAAGAUCACCAACACAGUCAACACCCGGGGCAAGCAGCUGAUCAUGCGACUCAACGAGGUCUGCGACAGCAAACUGAAGGUCCUGGUGGAGAAGAAGGAGACACUCCAGCUGCUGUCCGACAACACCGAUCACUGCAUCGAGUUCAUGCAGAAUGCGCUGGAGAAGGGCAGCGACUUUGCCAUUCUCUCCAGCAAGAAGUCGCUGGUCCGCCAUCUGCAGAAGCUCAAGUGUCAGCGGGCUGACAUACCCAAUCCGGAGAUUCCGGUCCGGAUUCAGGUUCAGCUGAACCAGGUCUCCGAUCUGCAGAAGGUCAUCUCCCAGCUGGGCAUCAUCAUUGUGGAUGGCAAGCCGUAUCCGCCCACAGCAUCCCCGAACGGCACUCCCCAGCCGCCGCCUCGCCAGCCGCCCAGCCCCAACAUGGCUCCACCCCUGCGACCCGGACUUCCGCCCGGCAUGCCGGCUGGUCUCUCGCCCAACGGACCGCCCGUCAACUUUGGUCCCCAGAACGGACCGCCGCUCUACAGCAAUGCCGCCCAGCAGCAGUUCAACAAUCUGUCCAUCAGUCGCUCCUUUCCGGGCGAUGGGCCAGGUAAGGUUCGAUUCGGAGCAAUGCCGCCAGUGGGCAUGCAGCGACAUGGCCAACCCCACGUCAGCUCCUCCACGCAUCCCCAGAACAUGGACAUCAGCCUGCGGGGAUUGUUAAACAAUCAGGCGGCACAGAGCCCCAAUGCCCACAUGGCAUUCAAUGGCCCGCCCAGCUAUCCCGGCGGACCGCAGGGAGCACCGUCACCGGCCCACCAACAGAUGGGCCCCCAGAUGCGGCCGCAUUUCAUGCCCGGCCAGCAGGGCUUCUCGCAGGGCGGUGGCCCCGGAGGCGGACCUCGCGAUACCAGCUUCAUGAACAGCAAUGCACGAUUCCAGUCGCAAUACCAGCGCAUGGCCAGUCACGCCCAGCAGGCGGCUGCAGCAGCGGCCUUGGCUGGAGCUGCGGGCGCCGGAGGCGGUCAGAUACCGUCUCCGGGCUCAUUACAACGCCCACAAAUGAUGCCCAAUCCCAUGCAGAAUUCGUUGGGGUUUCAUGGGAGCCAGGCUGGCUUUAGUGCCGGCCCACCGCAGACCUCGCCGCAACUAGGCGGCGGCGGCAUGCACAGCCUGGCCAAAUGGCACAUCCCGCAAUCCGCGCAGCAGUCGAACAUGUGUUCGCAGCAGGGGCCCCUUUUGCCUUUUGCGAAUGGCCGCCAGACGUCGGAAAAUUUUAAAAUCUCACUGAAAUCUCCCAACACGCUCAAGAACAGCACCCCGCCCAGCCUGGGGGGCGGCGGUGCAGGUCUCCCCGGCGUCAGUAAUGGAUCGUCCGCCAGUGCACAGUUGAAUGCCGCUGCUCUCGGUUUGGGACCAGCCGUUUCGAUUCUCUCCAACGUCACCUCGACGAAUCCAAAGACACCCAGUCCCAGCACACAUGAAAAUACCAAGGACUUCACGGAGCCCAUAGACAAAGUGCGCGAUGACUCGAUCAACGAUCUGAUCGCCACUAUCGCCAAGCUAGACUCGAACGGGGUGCAGGUGCUGCCGGAGGGUCGCACCAAGACCACUUCGCCGCAGGUGCACAGCUCCACAGAUCUGUCCAACACCCAGGAAGUUAAUAAUAAAAAUGAACAAAAAGACGACCCCAACGAGGACUGGUGCGCCGUGUGCCUGGACGGCGGCGAGUUGAUGUGCUGCGACAAGUGCCCGAAGGUAUUCCAUCAGAACUGUCACAUCCCCGCGAUCAGUUCGCUGCCGGACGAGAGCGAGAGCUGGCAGUGCCUGUUGUGCGUCAAUCUCAAGGAGCUGAUCAAGAUCGAGGGGGCCGACAAGGCGUCCACGGGUGAGCUAAGCCCCCUCGAGCUGCGCAUCCUGCAGCGCAUUUGCUUGGAGCUGUACUGCCAGUAUGAGCAGAGUCUUAACUUCCGCGAGCCGGAAUCCCCGGCCAAUACAUCAUACUACGAGAUUAUUUCCAACCCGAUGUCAUUAGAUGUUAUUCGCACUCGCCUGGAUCCCUCCAGUCCCAAUCACUACAAGGACAUUGCAGGCUUUGUGUCCGACGUACGUUUGAUUUUCAACAACACAUACCUCUUCUACCAGGAGGAUACCAAAACAUACUCCAACGCCAAAUACUUGGAGAACUUCUUUGAGGAGCAGCUGGCCAAGUGGUUGCCCAACUUCGAGGGCAGCAAGGUGGGCAAACGCAGUACUGCCAGCUCCCCUGGACUGGCUGGUAUUGGAUCGCCCAUUGAGAACGGUCGCAAGAGUUGCGGCUCGGCCUCACUGGGCGAUAGCGAUGGCGCCUGCUUGCCACCCAAGAGAGCACGUCGGACGGUGCACGAAUAGAACGAACUAAAGCCCGGCGGGGAGGGUGCAACUGGGGAGCAGCCGGGACUAGAGAAGGAGCAGCAGCGCCGCCAAGAAGAGCAGCAGCUGCUGGCGGGAAUUUUGGAGCUGCCGGACCUUGAUAUGCCCCAGCGCCCACAUAGUCUGGGCAGCAAUAUGAUCCAGGAGAACGCCGACUACGUGCUUCAACUACUGCACGCUUACGCGGCUGCCUUCGGGUUGUAGAUGACACUUGGGAGAGACUUGGUUCUCGGUUACACCAUUGAUGCAUAUCCAAAUUCUCCCCUCCCCAUUCUCCGUAGCGUAGCAUAGUAUUCUCUGUAUUGUAUAUUGUAAGACCCUUACGUUUAAAGUUUUCACCUUAAACUUCUUGCCCCAAUAUCAUCGCAAAUCUCUGAAAUGUGAAACUGUAAAUAGAAAAGCCAAGCAAGUCAUUUGAUAUGAUUUUAUUAUUACAUACAAUGGAAUAAAUGGAUUUCGGUAUUUGAAUUCAGAUAAUUGUAGCUAAAGUCUAAGUGUUGAAUAUCCGUAAAUAUUGAUAUGAAUAUUGAUAUAUGUAUACUUUGUAGAGAGAGAUCCGGUAGAGAUUUAAAUUUAACUUUAAGUGUUCCUGUUUGGAGAUCGAAAAUCCUCAUCCUGAUUCUGAUUUGAACGAUUUGGAUUUCGCGCAGAUCUUUUUCAUGCCCCAUCUCUGUUGAAGUUGUAUUGUAUUUACUUUUGUGAUAGCAAAAACAAUAAGAUGAACAAAUUAACCAUUAUUCUUUAAUAUAGUUACUGUUAAGUUAGCUUCUGUGGCUCAGUUUCUCCAUUCACCAUUCGAAUUUCUCAUGUACGAUAUAUAUGUAUUUAUUGACCGCUAAACCAUCCAUCGUAGGAUCCAAUAGGGCUCAUACCGCUCAACCCCCGCGACGCAUACAUUCUUAUACCACUUAGGAAGACCCUCAACAUAAGUUAGCCGCAUUUUAGCAUCCUAAGUUCCGCGAAAGAAUCAAACCCCCUAAGGUACGGAUAAGCAAAGCAUAGAUGUUUGGAUGUUGUACGUUUGACGUCAUACCAUACAGUAGAUGUAAGAAAAGGGUAUCUAAUGAUUACCAUUUUGAUUAGAUGGAGUCCGCAGACUUCCAUAGGCGAUGUAAAUAAUGAUCCAUACAUGUAGUAUACACAUUUUCCAAACAGUAUCCACUAUUAAACACAUACAAUAUCAAAUUAUCUUUAAAUGGGUGUACAUGUGUACGGUUUUCUAUGAUCACGGAUCUAACCUAUAACGUAAACCACACAAAUCCGUGAUGAUGAAAAAUAUUUUCAUAAAGAAACACUUUCAAUGCAAGACACAAAGAGCAGACACGAACAUAAUCCUCAAUGGACUACUAGAAAUACGAAAACUAGACGGUAACUUACGGCUGCUAAUCCUAUCAAUGCCACAAUAGCGACGAUGAGUGGAAAACCUAUUCAAGAAAUUAUAUAGCCAUUCAUAUAUCGAUGUACGAUGUUCCCAAUUGAACGACAAUGUGUGCUAUCCUAGAAACAAAAAAGAAAAAGAAAAAGAAAAUAAAACUACUAUAAAGUAGAUCAUGCAUAGCAUCUGCGUAUGUAAUUGUAUGUUAAAUGUGAAACUAUGGAAAUUAUUUUAUCUGUUUUAGUCGAUAAGUUUUACGAUAAAAGAUUAACCUCUGUAUAUGGAUGUACUACUUACUAUCAAGUGGAUUAUGAAAUAAAACCAAUGGCAAACCUUAA